GCAGCCCCGGAACAGAUGAGGCAGGCAGGGUUGGGGCGUUUGGUCAGGACAGCCCACCGCAAAAAGAGGAGGAAAGAAAUGAAAGACAGAGACAGCUUUGGCUGUAGGAGAAGGAGGAGAUUGGGGGAAGGAGGAGACAGGAGGAGGAGGGACCGCGGGGUGGAGGGGAGAUAGACCCAGCCCAGAGCUCUGAGUGGUUUCCUGUUGCCUGUCUCUAAACCCCUCCACAUUCCUGCAGACCUUCAGACUGCCCGGAGAGCGCGCUCUGCCUGCCGCCUGCCUGCCUGCCACUGAGGGUUCCCAGCACCAUGAGGGCCUGGAUCUUCUUUCUCCUUUGCCUGGCCGGGAGGGCCUUGGCAGCCCCUCAGCAAGAAGCCCUGCCUGAUGAGACAGAGGUGGUGGAAGAAACUGUGGCAGAGGUGACCGAGGUAUCUGUGGGAGCUAAUCCUGUCCAGGUGGAAGUAGGAGAAUUUGAUGACGGUCCAGAGGAAACCGAAGAGGAGGUGGUAGCUGAAAACCCUUGCCAGAACCACCACUGCAAACACGGCAAGGUGUGCGAGCUGGAUGAGAACAACACCCCCAUGUGUGUGUGCCAGGACCCCACCAGCUGCCCAGCCCCCAUUGGCGAGUUUGAGAAGGUGUGCAGCAAUGACAACAAGACCUUCGACUCUUCCUGCCACUUCUUUGCCACAAAGUGCACCCUGGAGGGCACCAAGAAAGGCCACAAGCUCCACCUGGACUACAUCGGGCCUUGCAAAUACAUCCCCCCUUGCCUGGACUCUGAGCUGACCGAAUUCCCCCUGCGCAUGCGGGACUGGCUCAAGAACGUCCUGGUCACCCUGUAUGAGAGGGAUGAAGACAACAACCUCCUGACUGAGAAGCAGAAGCUGCGGGUGAAGAAGAUCCAUGAGAAUGAGAAGCGCCUGGAGGCAGGAGACCACCCCGUGGAGCUGCUGGCCCGGGACUUUGAGAAGAACUACAACAUGUACAUCUUUCCUGUGCACUGGCAGUUCGGCCAGCUGGACCAGCACCCCAUUGAUGGGUACCUCUCCCACACCGAGCUGGCCCCACUGCGCGCUCCCCUCAUCCCCAUGGAGCACUGCACCACCCGCUUUUUCGAGACCUGUGACCUGGACAAUGACAAGUAUAUCGCCCUGGAUGAGUGGGCCGGCUGCUUCGGCAUCAAGCAGAGUGAAGGAUAUCGACAAGGAUCUUGUGAUCUAAAUCCACUCCUUCCGCAGUACCGGAUUCUCUCUCUUUAACCCUCCCCUUCCUGUUUCCCCCAAUGUUUAAAAUGUUUGGAUGGUUUGUUGUUCUGCCUGGGGACAAGGUGCUAACAUAGAUUUAAGUGAAUACUUUAACGGUGCUAAAAAUGAAAAUUCUAACCCAAGACAUGACAUUCUUAGCUGUAACUUAACUAUUAAGGCCUUUUCCACACUCAUUAAUAGUCCCAUUUUUCUCUUGCCAUUUGUAGCUUUGCCCAUUGUCUUUUUGGCACAUGGGUGGACAUGGAUCUGCUGGGCUCUGCCUUAAACACACAUUGCAGCUUCAACUUUUCUCUCUAGUAUUCUGUUCGAAACUAAUACUCACCGAGUCAGACUUUGUGUUCAUUUCAUUUCAGGGUAUUGGCUGCCUGUGGGCUUCCCCAGGUGGCCUGAAGGUGGGCAAAGGGAAGUAACAGACAUACGAUGUUGUCAAGGAUGGUUUUGGGACUAGAGGCCCAGUGAUGAGAGAGGUCCCUGCAGAACCCACCAACCAGAAUGUGGUUUGCCUGAGGCUGUCACUGAGAGAAAGAUUCUAGGGCUGUGUUAUGAAAAUAUAGACAUUCUCACAUAAGCCCAGUUCGUCACCAUUUCCUCCUUUACCUUUCAGUGCAGUUUCUUUUCACACUAGGCUGUUGGUUCAAACUUUUGGGAGCGUGGACUGUCAGUUCUCUGGGAAGUGGCCAGCGCAUCCUGCAGGGCUUCUCCUCCUCUGUCUUUUGGAGAAUCAGGGCUCUUCUCAGGGGCUCUGGGGACUGCCAGGCUGUUUCAGCCAGGAAGGCCAAAAUCAAGAGUGAGAUGUAGAAAGUUGUAAAAUAGAAAAAGUGGAGUUAGUGAAUUGGUUGUUCUUUCCCCGCAUUUGGAUGACUGUCAUAAGGUUUUUAGCAUGUUCCUCCUUUUCUUCAUUCUCCCUUUUUUUCUUCUAUUAAUUAAGAGAAACUUCAAAGUUAAUGGGAUGGUCGGAUCUCACAGGCUGAGAACUCGUUCACCUCCAAGCAUUUCAUGAAAAAGCUGCUUCUUAUUAAUCAUACGAACUCUCACCAUGGUGUGAAGAGUUUCACGAAUCUUUCAAAAUAAAAAGUAAUGACUUAGAAACUGCC